UCAUUGUGUGUGUGUGUGCGUCAGAAAAGAUCGGUGUUUAUUAUUUACGUUUGGUUUGUCGUUUUCCCGUUCUUCUCUCGUUUCCCAAGAAAAAAGGCGAGAGAGAUGCGUUCGUGAGGAGAUGUAACAGCAGUUGGCUCGUCGGGCCGUGCUCCACUCUCUUCUGUGCAACUCCACGCAAUUUCUUCGCGAUUCUCGUCGCUUCGUGGAUGGCAGCAGUUUCAGCGCCAACGGUGAACCACCGGUCCGGGAAGCAUGAAACGCAACCUGAAGAAGCUGCUCAAGUAUCUCGCCCUCACCGGCACCACAAUCCUCUUCACAGUCCUGCUCUUCCGACUGGUCAGGGGGCCCAAGUUCAGCAAAUCUAUUCCACCACCUGCACCCCAUGCCGCACCACAGAUCGACAAGAUCCAGAGGGCUAUAGUGGAUAACGAGAAGAUCGACUGGCACGACUAUGAGGCGAUCAGCAGAGAUCUGCAUAGGACAGGUCGAGGCGAGCAAGGCAAACCCGCUGCGCUCGAUGCCGGCGAGAAGCACGACUACGAAUCACUGUUCAAGGUGAAUGGAUUCAAUGCUGCAAUCAGUGAUAAAAUUGCGCUGAACCGAUCACUGCCCGACAUUAGGAAUCCAGGAUGCAAAGCCAAGAAGUAUUUGAAACACUUGGACACUGUGAGUGUGAUCGUGCCGUUCCACAAUGAGCACUGGACCACUCUUCUGAGGACGGCGACCAGCGUCAUCAAUAGAUCGCCUGUACAUCUUCUCAAAGAGAUCAUCCUUGUCGAUGAUUUCAGCUCAAAAGAAUUUAGCAAGGGGAAGCUGGAUGAAUAUGUUGCGAAGCAUCUGCAGAAAACUAAGGUGAUCCAUCUGCCGGAGAGGUCGGGACUGAUAAGGGCCAGGUUGGCUGGAGCCAAAGCAGCUGUCGGGGAUGUUCUCAUCUUUCUAGACUCGCAUACAGAAUGCAACGUGAAUUGGCUUCCUCCUCUAUUAGAACCAAUUGCUCAGAACUACAAGACUUGCGUGUGCCCUUUCAUCGAUGUCAUUCAGUAUGAAACCUUCGAGUAUAGGGCGCAGGAUAACGGGGCUAGGGGUGCUUUCGAUUGGCAAUUUUAUUACAAGCGGUUGCCUCUGCUGCCCGAAGACCUGGAGCAUCCCACGGAACCGUUUAGGAGCCCGGUGAUGGCCGGCGGAUUGUUCGCCAUCAGUACGAAAUUCUUUUGGGAGCUGGGCGGUUACGACGAGGGUUUGGAUAUUUGGGGCGGAGAACAGUACGAGCUCAGCUUUAAGAUUUGGAUGUGCGGCGGUCAAAUGUACGAUGCACCUUGCUCGAGGAUUGGGCACAUUUAUAGGAAGUACGCUCCGUUUAAGAAUCCUGGAGUCGGAGAUUUCGUUAAUCGAAAUUAUAAGCGGGUAGCCGUGGUGUGGAUGGACGAAUACGCAGAGUAUCUGUACAAGAGGAAACCAACCCUGAGAACCAUGGAUCCGGGUAAUGUUACAAAGCAGCUUGCGUUGAGGAAGGAUCUGCAUUGCAAGACCUUCAAGUGGUUCAUGGAGAACGUCGCCUUCGACUUGCCAUUGAAAUAUCCAUUCAUCGAACCUGAAGACUUUGCCAGAGGAGAGAUUCGUAACUUGGCCGCCCCAGAGUUGUGCGUGGACACCAACUUCAAAAUCAGAGAUUCCGCCGUGGACUUGAACGAGUGCAUCAAAGGCACCAAAAGGAAAGGUGAACAGGAGUUCAGGUUUACGUGGCACAAGGAUAUAAGGCCGAAGGAUAAGACCAUAUGUUUGGAUGUCUCCGAUGUGAAGGAUAGAGCGAAAGUGCUGCUCUUCCCAUGCCACGGAGCUAAAGGAAAUCAACUCUGGAAAUACGAAGCUGAUAAGCAGUGGCUGAUCCACGGUCAAAACCCCAGAUGCUUGGACUGCGAUCCCGGCCAGAAGAAGUUGUUCGUAUCGAAAUGUGAUGAGAACUCGAUGACGCAGAAAUGGCGCAUCGAGCAUGUGAAUUUAACGAUGCUUGCCAAUUGGGAGAACAUUGGUCCCCCAUAAGAAACAUAUCAGUAUUUUACAAAGAGACUUAUUCGAAGAGGAAUUAUUUUCUAAAUGUAACGAAGAGGUAAAAAAUUCAAUUAAUUUUCGUCAUUCUGAACUGUGAUAUUUCAAAAAAAGGAAAACAAAACAAUGAAACAAGAGGAAUUCUUCGUUAAAACAAGAUGUAAUAAGUAUAUAUUUGCCAUUAUUUUAUAAGGAAUAAAAUUCAAUA